AUGUCGCUCUUUGGCAACUUUGACGUCGCAAAGCUGGCAUCGCAGCUGGGCAACUUCAAGAUCCCCGACGACCCAGAGAUUAUCAACCAAGGCCACCAGGACUACGGGUACAGCAACUACGGUUCCCACAGCCAAGGCUACGAUGGCAGACCGCCUGCGGGAUACGCCGGUGGUCCGCAGAAUGGCGCCGACGAGUAUAAGCGCGAGCACCCCGCCGCCUUCGGCUCCAGUGACCCCACGCGCUCCGCCUACUCCGAUCCCGUCUCCGAGGGCAGUGCCAUGUCGUCCGUCGCCGCUGGCGUAGCUGCCAGCGCCGCCGCGGGUGCUUACGGUACCGCACCGCAGUAUCCCACUCCGCAUCCCGGUAGGUAUGGUGAUUCCACAUCAUCUAGCCCGUAUCCUCCUCAGCAGCAACAACAGCAAAGCUAUGAACGUCCUCCCUCGCCGGGCUAUGGAAGGCCCCCUUCACCUGGUUAUGGGAGGCCCCCUUCACCUGGCUACGGAAGACCGCCUUCGCCGCGACUGCCAGAGGGAUGGGUCAAGCGGUUUGACGACAACAGCAGACGAUGGUACUACGUCAAUCAAGCAACUGGCUCUUCGCAGUGGGAGGCUCCUCCGCCACCGUCAGCCAUGUCUCCCCCGCCAAUGUCGCCACCAGGCCAUGGAGGGUAUGGGGAAGCCUCUCGAUAUGGCGGACACUCGCCACAGCCUGGCUAUGGGGGGCAUUCACCACAGCCCGGGUACGGAGGCCCACCACCUCAACCGGGAUACGGCGGACCGUCUCCACAACCUGGGUACGGAGGCCACUCUCCACAGCCCGGAUACGGAGCUUAUGCGGGCGGUGCCACUGCGGCAGCUGCGGGAGCCGGAGCUGGGUACUAUGCCGGACAGCAAUACGGACAGAGCCAGCCCCAUGGGUAUGAGCAGUCUCAACAGUACGGCCAACAGCCACCCCAGCAGUACGGCCAGCCCUACGGACAGCAGCCUCAACAGCAGUAUGGACAGCAGUAUGAACAGGGAUACAGCGGCGAAGAGAAGAAGAAAAAGAAGAAGGGCGGGAACAGCAACAUGUUCCUCGGCGUGGCUGGUGGCCUCGCGGUGGGUGCGUUGGGAGGCGCUCUUAUUGCCAAUGUUGAUCAAGUACAGCCGUCUUUGCCUGUACCAUCCAUGGGGUCCGAAUUGCCGUCCGGGCCCGAGUAUGACUCCCGUUUUGUUUGGAGUGAUGAAAAUCAGCAGGUGCCCGAAGGAGAGGAGUACGCGCAAGGGUUUCAGGAGCAGAAUCAGAGGGGCCCGGAGGAGCAUCGGGAGUAUGGUGAUGAGGACCAUCUCGUGCACACUACCGGAUAUGGGGAGGUCGUUUAUGGUGAUGAGCAGGGCGCUGAUGAUGCUAGUAUCGAUGAAGACCGUGGUAUCGUACACACCACCGGAUAUGCUGAAGUCAUCUACGACGAUGAGCCGGGGGCCUACGAGGACUAUAUUGUCCACACCACUGGAUAUGGCGAGGCUGUAUAUGAUGAUGAGCCGGGCGCUGACGAGGUUCGCAACGACGAUAACUAUGCUGGUGACGCUUAUGAUGACGGUUAUGGUGACGACGGAUAUGGCGAUGGUGGCUAUUACGACGAUGGUUAUGGUGGCGAUGACUACGGCGACGACUAUUAUGACGACUAA